GUAUCUUUGGGAUUCCACGUGGCCAGAGGAGACAAGUAACAAGUGAAGAGGUACCGAUUUAUAUCCAUCUUCGUACGUGGCCAUUAAACAUCACAAGCAGAAAAUGGGCUCUUACUGGGGCUGUAGUUGUUUUGGGCUAUGGUAUGGCUGGGCUGGACUGGAUAUUCCCGCCAAAAGACAUAAGAGUACAUAUGGUGGGAUUGGAAAAAGUACAAAGAUUGGGCCGAAAGACAAUGUAUUAGUCUAUGCAAAUAAAUCGUGAGUGAUUACUAAUAUUAAAAGUAGGUAAAAGGUCAGAUAACCGUUUAAAUUACAAUUAAAUUCCUAAAUUUUAAAAUAGCUUACAUCUUUAAAAUUAGCUCUAUUUAUUAUUUUCACACGUUAAAAGAAAUUUGUUUUCUUUAUAUAGAAAAAGUCUUAAUAUCUUUUUAAUAAAUAAAAAAAUAAAAUGGUAAUUCUUUUCUCUACUUUGAUAAUAGAAAAUUACACAUCCUUAUUUGUUAAAGAUAAUUAACUCUAAAAAUAUAAUUGUUGUAUUCUUUAUAUUUUAAGAAUGUAAUUAAUUUUAUUUAAAAUUUAAUAUCUCGACCUUUUGGUAUAUUCUACGGUUUGCUUUGAUCAUCACAGAGCAACAUUUGAAGCCGGCAGCAUCUAACAGCUACUUAAUAGUUAAUUAAAUAGUCAAAAAAGAAAAAAAAAAAAAAAAAAAACUAACCAACAGCUACGUCCUACUUGUAUCUAAUGGCCGGCUCUGUUUUCCUCUCCGCUGUGAAUGUCAAAGUAAUCAACAUACCUACGGAAUAGCCGUGAACAAAAUCUCUCCUCCGUAAUCUAUGGAAACUUUUCGACGUUGUUCUCCUUAUUCAGAAAUGUUUCAGAUGAUGGUUAGUUGCUAUUUGAGUUGAUUGGAAAUUUUAGAUCAUCACAGAGCGACUUAAACAUGGCAGGAGACUACAGGUUUGGGAUGGAUCAAAAGGAUAUUAUAAAGUUCUUGAUCACCACUGUGGAUAGUUUUAUACAGGAUCGGUUAAUUAAUAGAGAACAAAGGAUCCAGCACAAAGAACAGUGUGCUGAGAGAUUAGUAGCUGAAGAUGGGAGCUGUGGCAAGGACAUGGAGAUUCGAUACUCAGAUCAAGCAGUAUUAGCAAAUUUAGAUUGGGGUAUUGAAGCCCUUGAAGAAGCUAUUAACACUGCCAAUAUGGAAACGAAGCUGGCACGGCUAGAUUAUGCGGAGAAGAUGCUGCAAGUGUGUGCCAUGCUGAACUCUGACCAGAGGACAGCAGGAGUCCCCAAUUUCUACCUCUCUGCCUGGGCUCACCUUAACCUUUCAUAUCUGUGGAAAUUGCGUAACAAUGUCCAUAAUUCAGUUUCUCAUGUUCUUGAGAUGUUUGUUAUUGAUCCAUUCUUCUCAAGGAUUGAUUUUGCACCCGAACUGUGGAAAGAUCUAUUUCUGCCGCAUAUGAGCUCAAUUGUUGGCUGGUAUUCUGAAGCAAGGCACAGGCUGAUGGUGGAAGUGAUUCCAGAUUCUUAUGAUUUUUCAUUUACGGCUGACAUGGAUCAAUUCUUCAAUGAGUCUCUGGUAUUCUCUAUGAAGCCAGAGCAAGUGGAAAAGUUGCAAAAGCUGGAGCAGCUUUAUGGAGAAUCACUGGGUGAGAACACACGGCUCUUUGCUAAAUACUAUGAGGAUUGCAUGAAUUCUGAUUCUAUCACAAGCAAGAAGAUAGCUCCAAUGUUGCCAAUAGCAGAGCCACCGAUGACUCCUCUGCAUGAAGUUAGCCGCUCAAUUCCUGAUUAUGUGAAAUUUGGUCCCAUCCUGCCUAAGAGUGCUGGUUUUUCUCCAGUCGUCCGAUCUAAAUAUGGUGCAAGAGAAGCGGGCAGAUUAAGCGCGAGUCCAAGUCUUUCACAUAAUCUGGAAGAGUCUACUGUUUGGGAUACUCAGGAGUCCAUACUUAACGAGAAUGAAGAUCAUUCUGAUCCUGAUAAUGGUAAUUUGGAUUCUGAAGAUAAAAGCCAUAAGUUGGUAACUCUUAGAAGCACGAAAAUGAUUGAGAUUAAGGAAAUGGGCACAAUAAAGCCAUCUAAAUCAAGCAGUCGGUCACACUCUCCCACAAUCUUCUCUUCUAUGGAUUCCCCAAGUACUUUUUGGCCAAAGGUUUCUGCUAAUUCAGAUGCGCAUUCUAAGACAGAAUCCACAUCCCUAUCGCGGCAUCUGUCCAGCCAAGUCAUGGAUUCUACUAAUGCCCCCUCUUUGCCUGUUUCUCCAAGCAUCAUCAAUGAUUACAGCAUUAGCUCACGAGACUCGGAUGGUGAAGUGACAGAUCUGCACAGAAGUGUCAGGAAUAAGUAUGUUCGAACAAGGAGUAUCAGUUAUGAUAAUGUGAACAGCCAAGAAUUAGAGAACAGCUCUCUUAAUGAAAGUGAUGAAGGAAGUCAGGGCUGCAUUUCUUCGUGCAUUUCUGAUAAGUCGACUCCUCGUUCAAGACCACCAAAAGAUUUUGUUUGCCCUAUUACAGGCCAGCUUUUUAUUGAUCCUGUUACUCUUGAAACUGGUCAAACAUAUGAAAGAAAAGCCAUUCAAGAAUGGCUAAAAAGAGGAAAUACAACGUGCCCUAUUACUCGACAACCUCUCUCGGCAAACUCAUUACCCAAAACAAACUAUGUAUUGAAGAGACUCAUAACAUCUUGGAAAGAGCAGUAUCCUGAUCUUGCUCAGGAAUUUUCAUACUCUGAAACACCAAGGAACUCAUUCAACUCAUCCGCCAUAAAAGAAAGUACAUUGGUGUCCAUUCCUUCAAGAUUUGAUUUUCUGAGUCAAAACUGUGCGGGUAAUUAUAUACACCAGAGGAGCAAAAGAUUUGUGCGAUCAACAGUAUCUACAUCACCAACCAGUGUAAUAUCCCAAGCCACAAUUGACACAAUAAUCAAUGGAUUAAAACCAUAUAUUUCAUGCCUUUGCACUUCGGAAAACUUACAAGAAUGUGAAGCAGCAGUUUUAGCAAUAGCAAAACUAUGGAAGGACUCAAAGGGUGAUCCUGGGUUACAUUCAUAUUUGUUCAAACCAACAAUCAUAAAUGGGUAUGUGGAAAUAUUGUCAAGUUCGCUAAACAGGGAAGUUCUCAGAACUUCAAUUUACAUUCUUUCUGAGCUAUUAUUUUCAGAUGAAAGUGUCGGAGAGAUUCUGACUAGUGUAGAUUCUGAUUUUGACUGCCUGGCUGCAUUGCUUAAGAAUGGGUUAGCUGAGGCUGCUGUUCUCAUUUACCAACUGAGGCCAACAUUCGCUCAGCUUUCAGCUCACAACUUUAUACCCUCCCUCGUUCAUUUAAUCCAGAUGAAAAAUGAAGAUUCGGAUGAUCUUCAGUUAGUAAUAGAGCCAAAGGAUGCUGCCAUUGCAUUGCUUGAGCAGAUACUAACAGGAGGGAAUGAAAACAGCCAGUCCAUUAAUGCUUUUAGUGUUAUUUCUGCAAAUGGAAUUCCAGCACUGCUCAAGUGUUUGGACAGGAUGGACGGAAGAAAGUCUAUAAUUUCAAUACUACUAUGUUGUGUGCUUGCAGAUAAAAGUUGCCGAGACUUUAUAGCAAGUAGAAUUGAACUAUGUCCUGUUCUUGAAAUAUUUCAUUCUGGAAACGAUUGUGUAAGAGGUGUAUGCAUAGAUCUUCUCUCGGAGCUAGUUCAGCUAAACAGGAGGACAUUCUGCAACCAGAUCUUGAAGAUAAUUAAAGAAGAAGGAUCAUUUAGUACCAUGCAUACGUUUCUUGUGUAUCUUCAAAUGGCUCCCAUGGAACAGCAACCUACCAUUGCUACUCUUCUUCUUCAGCUUGAUCUCUUGGUUGAGCCACGGAAAAUGAGCAUUUACAGGGAAGAAGCUGUAGAAACACUUAUUGAAGCACUUCAUAAAAAGGAAUUUUCUAAUUCACAAAUGAUGGCUCUUGAUGCUUUAGUAUCUCUUUCCGGACGUCUUACAUCAUCUGGAAGGUAUUAUUUGGAAGCCUGGCUACUCAAGAUUGCAGGGUAUGAUCAACCUUACAAUGCUUUAAUGAAGGCAGAAGGACUGAAGAAGGGAGAAAAUGAUUUGGCAGAAACAAUGGAAGAUGAAGAGAAAGCUGCAAGUUCUUGGGAGACAAAGGUAGCUUUUGUACUUUGCAAUCAUGAGAAGGGUUCUAUUUUUAAAGGUUUGGAGGAAUGCUUCAAGAGCAAUUCUAUAGAGAUGGCAAAGUCUUGCCUUGUCAUCUCCACAUGGCUCGUAUACAUGCUUUCGGUUCUUCCUGAUAUUGGUGUAAGAGAGGUUGCUCGCAAAUACUUGCUUGACGAAUUUAUAAAUGUCCUCCAAUCAUCAAGAAACAUAGAAGAGAAGAUUUUAGCAGCCCUGGCUUUAAAAACUUUUGUUAUCGACGGAGCUGCGCUUGAGGAGCUGGAAAAGUAUGCCAAAUGCAUCUAUACAACCUUAAGAAAGUUUAAGAGAACUUCACCUGUGAUCGCGGAUGUACUGAAAUCUUUGAUGAACUUGGCCUCUGUCAAUGCAACAGAAUUGUGGAAUUGUACCGAAGUAGUCGAGUUGGAAUCAUCUUCAAAUGGGGAAGUCCUGUCUUUACUUCAUCUUAGAGGUCGGGUUAUAAGCAGCCAUUCUGAUGGAACUAUAAAGGUGUGGGAUGCUGGGAAAAGGGUUCUUAGGUUAAUUCAAGAAGUUCGUGAGCACACAAAAGCUGUCACAUGCAUUUGUGUUCCAUCUUUCGGUGACAAAUUGUACAGUGGCUCAUUGGAUAAAACGAUUCGGGUUUGGGUAAUCAAGCCUGAAGAAAUCCAUUGUGUGCAAGUUCACGAUGUGAAAGAGGCAGUAUUUGGGUUAACAGCUAAUGCUAAAGUUGCAUGCUUUACUUCUCAAGGAACAGGAGUUAAGAUCUAUAAUUGGUCUGGAAUCCCGAAGCAUGUAACUUUCAACAAAAAUGUGAAGUCCCUGGCUAUGACUGGAGAUAAAUUAUUUUGUGGUUGCUCUGGUUACAGUAUUCAGGAGGUGGAUCUGCGGAAAUUGACAUCAACCACAUUCUAUUCUGGCACAAGAAAAUUGUUGGGUAAACAAAAUAUAUAUUCCUUGCAUAUUAAUGAUGAUCUUCUCUUUGCUGGUGGUUCAGCAGUUGAUGGAGCAGCAGGAAAGGUUUUUUCUCACUCCAAGAAGGCAGUAAAGGGUUCAUUUUCAACUGGGUUAGACAUCUCGCAUAUUGUUGGCAACAAUGAGUUCAUAUUCACAGCAACAAAAUGUGGGGUCAUUGAGGUUUGGUUAAAAGAAAGUGUCACAAAAGUUGCCUCCAUUAAAGUGAACGGCGGAGGGCAUGCCAAAAUCACAUCGGUGGCAUUAGAUGUGGAUGGAGGAAUGCUGUAUGUUGGCUCUUCUAAUGGCAAGAUCCAGGCCUGGGCUAUGGAUUAGAGAAUUUCUGCCAGAAGCAUUUAUGUUUCUUUUGCAAACAAAAAACCAUUUGUAUCAAUCGUUUUGCUAUAAUUUUAUGCAUUUCUUUUUUUGUACAUUUAACACGCACAAAUUCAAGAUUCGAACUUAUAUUAUAGAUAAAAGGAUAGACAAAAUUCAUCGGUUAA